UUUCCCUCUUGUGUUUACAGCUUCUGUGGGGGAGAGACGCUCAAAGGAAGAACCAGGAUCCCUGGGCUGCAUAAACAAGGAAGGCAGGACUCCAUCUAAGCAAAGCUGGAAGGCUUUCACCUUGUUGCUGUUUGUUUUAGGAGAUUUUCCCUUCCCCCGCCCCGGACACUAUCCAGCUGAGCGUUUGUUUCGUUGUUGCUUCCAUAACCGGCCAGAAGAAAAACGCUUUACGUGGGAGAGGUGAUUUUUGUCGUGGUCUCCCUGCAAGACACAGAUCUGCACCUAUCCUCGCGGAGGAGGGAAAUAAGAUCAACUGAGGUUUUCCCUACCUCCGGCUGAACGUGCGAGUCCAAGUGACACCCCCACUGGCCUGUGGCUGACUGACUGCACAGCCAGCUGGAAUCACAGCCAGAGCUGCUAAAUUUACCUGGUCGAGGACUCUUCAAACCCUUCUAUUGACGGUAGAGAUUUGUAUCCAAAGGAAAAUCGGAUUAAUAUAACUAUGCAGAGCUUUGCGGGAAUAUCUGGAGACUACUGUGUCUGCAUGGCUAAUUUUGAAAUUGUCUGAAAUAAAUCCUUAGUGUAAGGAACAGUGAGAUACUUUCUCCUCAUUUUAGUUUCUUUCUGUUCUUUGUCGGUUUUUUUCCCUUGUAGAAGAAUUUAACACUUCAAUAGCAAGCAUUUUUUUUUCCCACACCAGAGAAUGGGAUACAUGCUGGAAAACUCGCCACGCUUCUUGAAAACCACAGAGGUAACAGUUUCCGUCAUCCUUGUGGUAUGAAAGGUACUCUUUGGAUUGUGUGCUGGUGGCUAAGAUGGAUCAGUCUUCCUCUGUGCUAGAAGAUGUGGAUUUACUAAAAUAUUGACGCCGAUAAACUUACUCCCUCUCUGCUGAAGGCAUUGGAUGUGAUAGUGCAGAGAAACAUGUGUUUCACAUUUCUGACUGGUUGUUUUGGUGCAAUCAAUACCUCCACAAAAUACAUUGACUUAGGUAGUGAUUAUGAUACAGUGAGGCACACGGAGUGCUGCUUUCAGCUUGCAUGCGAAGUGAGCACAAAUCAAAGACUCCUCGGUUCCUGUAAAGUGGAAGUGGGAGCUUCUGUUUCCCCAAAACUCCAGGGCAAGAGCAGCGGGCGAUGUUCCCAAACCACCAAAGAGAACCCGGCCUCGGGGUGCGGAACGAGCAGUGACCAAAGCGCUGUCAGGAGCGGCAGGCAGUCGAAUCGGAUGGGGAUCAGUGAGGCAAUAAUGGUUGGAAGAAAGGUGGAUCGCGAAAUUAUUGCCCGAAGGAAUAGCUGGGGAGACGGCAUGAUGAUAAAGUUAAACUUCUGUUUCUUCUUCUGUCGGGGAUGGUGGGCGUUUCUGUUGCUUCAGCUCCACAUGUUGCAAGCACUGGCACAAGAUGAUGUUGCACCGUACUUCAAGACUGAACCAGGCUUGCCCCAGAUACACUUGGAAGGAAAUCGCCUUGUACUAACAUGCCUUGCUGAAGGCAGCUGGCCCUUGGAAUUUAAGUGGAUACACAAUGACAGUGAAAUAACCAACUACUCCAGUGAAUAUAAGUACAUCAUCCCAGCUUUGCAGAGGUCUGAUGCUGGUUUUUAUCAAUGUGUUGUACGAAACAGGAUGGGAGCAUUGCUGCAGAGAAGAUCUGAAGUUCAAGUGGCAUAUAUGGGAAAUUUUGUGGACACAAACCAGAGAAAAACAGUGACUGAAGGACAAGCUGCAGUUCUAAACUUCUUGCACAUAUUCAGCUAUCCAAGACCACAAGUGACAUGGUUUAGAGAUGGGCACAAGAUUAUACCAAGCAGCAGAAUAGCUAUAACAUUGGAGAAUCAGCUGGUGAUCCUUGCAACAUCUGCAACAGAUGCAGGAGGCUACUAUGUCCAGGCGGUCAAUGAAAAGAAUGGUGAGAACAAGACAAGUCCCUUUAUUCAUCUCGAUGUAGCAAGUGCUGGUGACCCGUCCGACACGGUGGCUCCUGCGAUCGUGGUCCCUCCGCAGAACACGAGCGUCGUAGCCGGCAGCGGUGACGUCACGCUGGAGUGUGUGGCCAGUGCCAGACCUGUUGAGAGACUAAGCAUGACUUGGAAGAGAAAUGGAGUAAAAAUAACCAAUGGAAUUAGCAGUUUUGGGAGACGUCUCACUAUCACCAACCCUAACUCUGCUGAUGUUGGGAUGUACUUCUGUGAAGCGAAAUUGAUAGACAGCACAGAGGAACCAGCAAGAGCGAAAGCCUUCCUUUCUAUAAUGGAGCCACCAUAUUUUACUGCUGAGCCUGAGAGUCGGAUUUUGGCUGAAGCGGAGAAGGAUGUGGACAUCUUAUGCCAAGCGAUGGGCAUCCCUGUUCCCACCCUGGUCUGGUAUAAGGACUCCGUUCCUCUUGGCAAGCUGCAGAACCCUCGCUACAAAGUACUGCUGAGCGGUGGGCUGCGGAUCCACGGGCUGCAGCCUGAGGACUCUGGGAUCUACCAGUGUUUUGCGAGUAAUAAAGCUGGGGAGAUGCAGACAUACACCUACCUGGAUGUAACUAACAUUAAACCAGCAUUUAUACAGCCUCCAGUGGAUACUACUGUUACUGAGGGGAUGACUGCAGUGCUAACCUGUGAAGUUUCAGGGGCUCCAAAACCUGCCAUCUCAUGGAAGAGAGGGAACCAGAUCUUAGCCAGUGGCUCAGUGCAGAUUCCUCGGUUCUUUCUUCUUGAAUCGGGAGGGCUCCAGAUAACACCCGUUUUCCUUCAAGAUGCUGGCAAUUAUACUUGCUGUGCAGUCAAUUCUGAAGGAGCUCUGAAGGCCUUUGUGAUGCUGACGGUGUGGAAUCGGACUGUCAUUGUUCACCCUCCCGAGGACAGCACUGUGAUCAAGGGAACCACAGCUGCUCUGCAAUGUGAAGCAACUCAUGAUCCUAGAAUUUCAAUCAGAUAUGUUUGGAAGAAAGACAGCAUUGUAAUAAAUCCGUCCAGUAGUUCCAGGAUUACAGUAGAAAAGGGUGGAACCCUCCUCAUCAGCCAGACAUGGUCAGGUGACAUCGGAGAUUAUACUUGCGAGGUGAUUUCUUUUGGAGGAAAUGACUCCAGAAUGGCUCGACUAGAAGUGAUUGAACUGCCUCAUUCCCCUCAGAAUCUUCUGGCUGCUCUGAAUUCCUCACACAGCCGCAGUGUGGUGCUUUCCUGGGUGCGUCCCUUCGACGGAAACAGCCCUGUUCUCUACUACAUGGUGGAGCUAUCUGAGAACAAUUCUCCCUGGAAGGUUCACCUAUCAAAUCUUGACCCAAAGAUGACCGGUGUCACUGUGAGCGGACUAACUCCAGCCCGAACCUACCAGUUUAGGGUGUGUGCUGUUAACCAGGUGGGAAAGGGCCAGUACAGCUCUGAGACCAGCAGGCUGAUGCUACCUGAGGAGCCCCCCAGCGCCCCACCUAAAAACAUAGUGGCUAGUGGGCGGACUAAUCAGUCAAUCAUGGUCCAGUGGCAACCUCCUCCGGAAAGCGAGCAUAAUGGAGUUCUUCACGGCUACAUCCUAAGGUAUCGCUUGGCAGGGCUUCCCGGGGAAUACCAGUAUAAGAACAUCACCAGUGCUGAAAUCAACUACUGCUUAGUGAAAGACCUUAUCAUUUGGACCCAGUAUGAAAUCCAGGUGGCAUCUUACAAUGGAGCUGGGCUGGGAGCAUUCAGCAGACCUGUGACAGAGUACACAUUACAGGGAGUACCUACAGCUCCACCGCAAAAUGUGCAAGUGGAAGCCGUGAACUCCACAACCAUUCAGUUCGUCUGGAACCCUCCACCCCAGCAGUUCAUCAAUGGUAUUAACCAAGGGUACAAGCUUCUUGCAUGGCCAGUGGAUGCACCAGAGACUGUGACUAUGGUCACCAUUGCCCCAGAUUUUCAUGGUGUUCAUAGUGGCUGCAUCACCAACCUGAAGAAAUUCACUGCUUACUACGCCUCUGUUCUGUGUUUCACCACACCUGGCGAUGGACCACGAAGCACACCCCAGCUCCUGCGCACCCUUGAAGACAAGCCAGGAGCUGUGGGACACCUGAGCUUUACUGAAAUUCUGGACACAUCUCUCAAGGUCAGCUGGCAAGAACCUGUAGAAAAAAAUGGCAUCAUUACAGGCUACCAGAUCUCCUGGGAGGUGUAUGGCAGGAACGAAACUCGUCUUGCCUGCACGUUAACCAACACAACUCUCGAGUACAAAAUCACGGGGCUCUCGUCUCUCACCACCUACACAAUAGAGGUGGCAGCUGUGACCGCAAAAGGGAGCGGAUGGGUCACUUCCUCCACCAUCUCGUCUGGCGUGCCCCCAGAACUUCCAGGUGCUCCAUCCAACCUGGUGAUUUCCAACAUCAGUCCUCGCUCCGCCACACUUCAGUUCCGGCCAGGGUACGAUGGCAAAACCUCCAUCUCCAAGUGGAUAGUUGAAGGCCAGGUUGGUGUGUUGGGUGAUGAAGAAGAGUGGGUGAAUCUCCAUGAGGUGGAGAACGAGCCUGAUGCUCAGAUGCUGGAGAUACCGAACCUUAUUCCUUAUACUCAUUACAGGUUCCGGAUGAGGCAGGUGAACGUGGCGGGUCCCAGCCCGCUGAGCCAGCCGUCGCGCGUCAUCCGGACGCUGCAGGCGCCGCCGGACGCGGCCCCCGGGAGCGCCAGCGUGCGCACGGCCAGCGAGACCAGCCUCCGGAUGCGCUGGGUGCCCCUCCCCGAUACACAGUAUAAUGGCAAUCCCGAAUCAGUGGGGUACAGGAUAAAGUUUUGGCGAGUGGACCUGCAGUCUCCCCCGCUGAUAAAGAUUAUUAAUGACCGGCUGGAAAGAGAGUACACGAUUGAAGAUCUGGAGGAAUGGACGGAGUAUGAACUGCAAAUCCAGGCUUUCAAUGCCAUCGGGGCAGGACCAUGGAGUGAAGUAGUGCGAGGUCGUACGCGAGAGUCCGUUCCCUCUGCUCCUCCUGCAAACGUGUCUGCCGAAGCGGUGAGCUCUACCCAGAUCCUCCUGACAUGGGCCACAGUCCCUGAGUCGGAGCAGAACGGACUCAUCCUGGGUUAUAAGAUCCUUUUUAAGGCAAGAGAUUUAGAAUCUGAACCAAAGAGCCAAGUAGUUAGAGGUAACCACACACAGUCUUUCCUGCUGUCUGGCCUGCGGAAAUAUGUGCUCUAUGAGAUCCAGGUAUUAGCAUUCACACGUAUUGGAGAUGGAGUCCCCAGCUCUCCUGCAGUUAUAGAAAGAACCAAGGAUGAUGCCCCUGGGCCGCCUGUGAGGCUGGUGUUCCCCGAGGUGAGACUGACAUCGGUGCGGAUCGUUUGGCAGCCACCGGAGGAGCCCAACGGUGUUAUUCUGGGAUAUCAAAUUGCAUACCGCCUGGCCAGCAGCAGCCCCAACAAGUUCACAACAGUGGAGGUUGGCUCGACAGUCAGGCAGUUUACUGCUACAGAUCUCACCCCUGAGUCAGCAUACAUCUUUCGGACAUCUGCCAAGACCAGGCAGGGCUGGGGGGAGCCACUGGAAGCCACGGUGAUCACUACAGAAAAACGAGAACGACCAGCACCUCCUAGGCACCUGAUGACCCCCCAGUCUGAUGUGUCAUCACGAAGUUUGCAGCUGAAGUGGGUCCCUGGAAGUGAUGGAUCUUCACCAAUACGAUACUUUACUGUACAAGUGCGAGAACUCCCAAACGGAGACUGGCAAACCUACUCCUCAUCCAUCAGCCAUGAGGCUACAUCCUGCAUUAUUGAAAGCUUGAACCCAUUCACUUCCUACAAACUGCGGGUGAAGGCAACCAAUGAUAUUGGAGACAGCGACUUCAGUGCAGAGACCGAAGCAGUCACAACUCUGCAGGACGUUCCAGGUGAACCACCCAGUUCCGUGUUAGUAACUCCCCACACUACUUCAUCUGUCCUUGUGCAAUGGCAGCCGCCAAAGGUCGAGAGUCUAAAUGGCUUGCUGUUGGGAUACCGGAUCUACUACCGGGAGCUGGAUUAUGACACUGGAUCUGGAACAGAAUCCAAAACCAUCAAGAACCCUUCAGCUUUGCGAGCAGAGCUCACACCCCAAAGCAGCUUCAAGACAGUGAACAGCAGCUCUGCAUUAACGACGUAUGAAUUAACACAGUUGAAGAAAUACAAGAGAUAUGAAGUUUUAAUGACAGCAUAUAAUGUAAUCGGUGAAAGCCCUACCAGCACACCAGUGGAAGUGUUUGUGGGAGAAGCAGCACCGGCAAUGGCUCCACAGAACAUCCAAGUAAACUCCCUUUCUGCAAGCCAACUGGAGCUCACCUGGGACCCCCCUCCUGUUGACAGCCAAAAUGGGAACAUACAAGGCUACAAGAUUUAUUACUGGGAGAGUGACAUCCAAAAUGACACAGAGAAAGUGAAGGUCCUCUUCCUCCCAGAGACAACAGUCCGACUCAAAAACCUGACCAGCCACACACGCUACCUGGUCUGCAUUUCUGCUUUCAACGCAGCCGGGGACGGCCCGAGGAGCAGCCCCUCGCAGGGCAGGACGCAUCAGGCUGCACCCAGUGCUCCCAGCUUCUUGGCAUUCUCGGAAAUCACUUGCACAACACUCAAUGUGUCCUGGGGUGAGCCGACAGCAGCAAAUGGAGUCCUGCAGGGUUAUCGAGUAGUCUAUGAGCCUUUGGCUCCGGUCCAGGGGGUGAGUAAGGUGGUGACUGUGGACAUAAAAGGAAAUUGGCAACGCUGGUUGAAGGUCCGAGAUCUCACCAAGGGCAUGACCUAUUUAUUCCGAGUGCAAGCCAGAACCAUUGCCUAUGGACCUGAACUGCAAGCCAAUGUCACAGCUGGGCCAGCAGAAGGGUCUCCUGGCUCCCCUCAGGAAAUUCUAGUGACAAAAUCUGCUUCUGGGCUCACAUUGCAGUGGACUGAGGGAGAUUCAGGAGAAAAACCCACAACCGGAUACAUUAUAGAGGCACGGCCCUCAGAUGAAGGACUGUGGGAUAUGUUUGUGAAGGAUAUCCCUCGCAGUGCUACCUCCUACACAGUUAGCCUGGACAAGCUGAAACAGGGGGUGACCUAUGAAUUUCGAGUGGUGGCUGUCAAUGAAUUUGGCUAUGGAGAGCCAAGUGUUCCCUCAGUGGCAGUAUCAGCACAAACAGAAGCCCCUUUUUAUGAGGAGUGGUGGUUUCUGCUGGUGAUGGCUCUCUCUAGUCUGAUCCUCAUCUUGUUAGUGGUGUUUGCAUUGGUCCUGCAUGGCCAGAGCAAGAAAUACAAGAACUGCAGCGCAGGUAAAACCAUCUCCAAUAUGGAAGAGUCAGUCACCCUGGAUAAUGGAGGCUUCACUGCUCUGGAGCUCAACAGCAGGCACCUAAACAUCAAGAGCACCUUCUCAAAGAAAAAUGGAACCAGGUCUCCUCCUCGCCCAAGUCCGGGAGGGCUGCACUACUCUGAUGAGGAUAUCUGCAACAAGUACAAUGGAGCCGUGCUGACUGAGGGCUUAGGCCUGAGUGAGAAGCCCUUGGAAGUAUCCGAGUCAGAGGCCACCGACUCUGACUACGAAGAUGAGCUGCCAAAGCACUCCUUCGUGAACCAUUACAUGAGUGACCCCACGUACUACAAUUCUUGGAAGCGCCAGCAGAAAGGGGUGAAGCACCCAGCGUCCUACAGAUACGAGGAGUGCGCGGCGAGCGAAGCAGAACCCUAUUUCCAGACUGUCAUCACGACACAGAGCUCAGGAGGGGUGUACACCCCAACGGGACAGCCCGCGCCCGGCUCCCGGACUCCAGUGACAGGGUUUUCCUCCUUCGUCUGACACCAGCACAGAGGAACCAGCACAGCUGCACCUCUGGCAGAGCUCGGAGUGACCCGUCGCAGUGACUGUGUGCGUGUGACCAGUGCGAUGAACUGUGGGUAACUUCUCUAUCAUCAGGGUAAAAUGGAUGGGAACACGAAUGAGGCUAUUUUUUUUCUGAAGACAAUCAACUCAAAAAUAUGGAGCUGAACUAGCUGAACCUUUGUUUAAAAAAGAAAAAAAAAAAGAGUUCUGAAAAGUGACAAUUUUAACCACUUGUGAAUAGUAGGGGUUUUUUAACUGCUUUUUUGUAACACUGCUUCAGGAAGCAGCUCCCCUAUCCUUCUGUUCCCUUUUGCUUUCUCUCCCCUCCUCCUAUCCCCCAUUCCCAAAUAAGGAGGUGAAUUCCCUAGAUGCAGUGACUGACUUCAUGAUGUGAUCUGAAGAGAAAACACAUAUAACCUCCCACGCUCCUUUUCCUUUGCAUUUUUUUUUUUAAUUUUCCCCAUCGUAGGAAAAUAUAGAGAAAGGACAAAUAUCUACAUGAAAAGCAGGUGCCUCCUCUCUCCUCUUCUCAUUGCUGUACCCAACUUCAGGAGCACCAGUUGAUUAACUUAGGGUCAGAUGUGUCACUGCUCUAGGCUCACUGCUAGUGUUUUUAUACUGAAUUGCUGACCUGCUUCUCUUUCUUUUUCAAAUGGGACCUGCUGCAUUCUUUAAAUAUUCUAACUCCAGGGCCUUUAGGAGAGAAGAUGGCUCAAAAGAGAGCUUUAGACAGUAGUGGGUGAAGCAAGUGGGAAGAAUCCAGAUGCAAGGUCAGUUUAUUUUUGGUGUGGCUCUAAUCUUCCCUUGUGGACUGCAUAUACCAUUUGAAUUGUACUUUUUUUCUUUUUUUUCUUUCUUUUUUUUUUUCUUUUUUUUUUUUUUUUAAGUCAAAGGACAUAACCCAGCAGGCCAGAGGAAACUUUCAAUUAAGUUUGCAGUGGCAAGCUAGAGAGUCCACUAACUGAUAAAUUUUUUGAUCGUUAGUUAUCCUGCCCUGUCAAUAGAAGUUGAGCAUCGUUUCAUGCCCAGAUUCUGCAGCACUGCCUACUGAUCUGUAAAAAAAAGUACACGGUAGCUGGGUUUGUUUGAUUUUAUUUUUUUUAGUACAAAGACACAUCACACAGAUUGGGUGAAUUUUGGUGUCCACAGGUGCCUUUUAUUGAUUCUACAGCUUUGUAUCUGAGAGAAGCAACAAAGUGUCUCCAAAUAGAGCUAACUAGGUUUUUUAAGCAUUAGGGUCAUGAAUUAUCUUGUGCACGUUUAUACAGGCUGCUUUGUGCACUUCCAGCUACAGCAUUUUGGAAGAAGAGAGGGGAUUUUUAGUUUAUUUUCCAUCCUUUUGUACAGCUCUCUUUUUGCUUCCCUCUUUGCCCUUGCAGAACUGCAAACAGUUCAUCCUUUUCCCAUGUCUGUUGUGUUUAGCAGCAUGUUGUUUUGCUCACAAGGUAGCUGUCAGGUGCUUAAAGAAUCCCAGUCCAGCCCUUGGACCUAGGAACAGUCCUGGAUCUCUGGACUUUUUACUGAAAUGGUUUGAAAGGGGGAUUUGGAAGUAGGCAUGUCCUUGCCACUCCAGCAUCUGGCAUUUCCUCCCAGAUGGGUGUAGAAGAGCCAGGAUAACUGGCACCCUGCAGCUUGCUAAGGUGCCACCAGGGCACGUGUGGGCACUGUUGCUAUUGCAGAUUGUCCCUCCUCUGGAGGGGUGUAGGACAGCAGUGGCAUUGCCACGUGGUGGUCUUCAAGGCAGGUCAUUGAAAGCAACGUGGCAUUGAUUAUUGCUGCUGCCCAUCAGGGCUGGUUAGGAGUAGACUGGUGGCACCUCAUCUGAGCAGGUGAGGUCCAAGGGCAAGUUCAGCAUUGCUGUCACCUUCCAGUGCCUCUGUGACAAGACAAAUGAACUCAGAACUGCUUUAUUCCUUGGCACUGCCUCUGAGCACCACUGCUGUUGGUGCAUACUGAUUCUGGAUAGCUUUGGCACUGGAUUGAUGUUCCUCUCCAAAGGCUCCAGAAAGAAAAAGUUCAAAACCUCCAGUGUUUGUGUAUUCAAGUACUUUUGAAUUUAGGAUAAUGAUCCACAGCUCAUUACUGAUACACACAGUGCAAAGACAUGGGCUUGAGCCAAAACCCUGUGAGCCAUCCCCUUUUCCGUACCUGGAUAGGAUGUGUGUGGGACGGAGAAGGGGCUCCAAAGAGGAUGAAAUACGCUUACUGUGAAGAGGAACGUAAAACAAACAAAAACCACUGCCUUCUGUGCACUUUGACUGUUCUCUUAAGCCAUAUGGACUUUGCUUUAAUUACUAAACUGACAAGAAUUUGUUUGUAGUCUAUCAUUUGAGUUUUAUUUUGUUUCUUAGGCAAAACUGUCUGUGUGACUUUCUGACUUGUUUUCUUUCUCCAUUGUUAUUUCCUGCAUCAGAUUACACAUUUUAGACACCCCGUUUUCCAUACGUGUGACAUAGCAGUGCAGUUGCUGUUGGAGAUUUAAUGGUGCUUAUCCAACAGCUGUGAGAGGUAGCGUUACAGGAAGAGGCUUCCAGGGACCACUGAGGGAGUUAGCGAAACAGGUUAGGAGAAAGUAGAUGAAACUACUGAAAGAGCUUGCUCCAAAGGUAAGCGUAGCUCCACAUCUCCUGCAGGUGUUGCCAGAUCUGGAUUGGUGUAAGGUGCAGUUACUCCAUGGGUUUAUACUGAUACCACAUUGAGCCAAAAAACAAGGAAAACCCAGAGAAUAAAGGAAGUGGACUUGAUGGCACUGUUCCACUGAAGAAAAACGUGGGGAACAGCAAGAUCUGUACCAAGUGAGGAGAACAUACUAUCCCUUCUUCCUCAGAGACAACUGCAGCUAAAAUGCUUGAGUGUGCUGGGGGCCUACCGAGUUGGCUGUACGGCCCUUUUCUUCUGCCUGCCUCCAAAGCGAAACGCUGGGUGUGAUUCUUUUAGGACCUGUUGAUCUGAACAAAGGAAUUUCUGUUCCAUUCCAGUUCACACUGCUGUCCCUCCAAGGUUUUGUUUUAUUUAGGUGUUGGCUUUUCUUAAAUGCACAUUUAUUUUAUUCAAGCAUUUGCAGAGCGUGGAAGUGCCCUUCCCUGCUCACCCCUGAGAUAAGAGUAGGAUACGUAUUCUUCUGCUUCGUAUGUGCAUGAUGCUUGUGCCAUGUUGUUAGCAUGCUGUACUUGUAAAAUAUGGAUUAAUAGAUAUGUUUUAUUUACCUCAAAUAUCAGGUAAAUUAUUCUAUCUGGAAGGAAACACCCAUCAGUUAGCAAGAAAGCUCUCUUUCAUAGCUGUAAUCUUUGAGAGUCACAGCCUUGAAAUAUGACUUUUAUACAUUAGCUGUCAUGUUAAAAUAACUUUACCCAUCAAACUCAGUUUUGUUUCAUCUCACUAUUCAGAACAGUCUUGAAAAAUGAAAGCUUGUAUUUAAAACUUCCUAUGAUAUUUAGUUUGCAUUUAUUUAUUUACUUUCCCUUGUUUCUCAGGUCUCUUGAUGGCUCUUAUAAAAAAAAAUUAAAACAGCAUCAUGAAAUGAUCAAGAGAGACGUUUCAGGGAGCGGUUUAAUAGGAGCUCAUUUUUCAUGCAAUAGCCUUGGAAAUACCCAGUUUCAGACAGGAAAAGAGUGCCCACAUCUUCGUACCCCUUCCAGGGCUGAGAGGACACCCACCACCACUGUCAGGGAUGCUCCCAGGGAGUAUCAAACCUCAGGCUGUGUCCGUAAUAAAUCCCGCUCUGGUGCAAAAGUGCACACGAGUUAAUAAGCCGUCCAAGGCCCCUUGUAUUGUUCCAGGCCAUUCUCAAUGGAGCAUUAUAUUCUCCCAAAAGUCCAUUUCACACAUGGUCCUGUGCUGUUUGGGUGCAAGCAGCAGUCGUGAGAAGGGACAGGAGAGGGCACUGUUCUAUUUUAAUCAGUGACAGCCUCUUCUUCCCCCACCCUGGGAGUUACCAGCUGGAAACACCUUUGGGAGGGCAGGGAGAAGCCUCAGCAGAACCGAGCAGAGAAUUUAAGCAACAUUUACUAAAGGAAUCACACACCAGUCAGCAAUCCUGCUUUUGGAAGCACUUGGCAUUGCAGGAGAAAAGAAAAAAAAUAUUUUAAGAAAGGAAACUGUCCAUUACCCAAAAGGACUUUUUUUUUCCUCUUCAUUUUGAGUUUUAAAGCCAGUGAUGCUUUGCAGAUGGGCCAUGACCUAAUUUUAUCUGCUUACACCCAGGUCUCAGCCAGAAGCUGCUGUAGCGGUUGUUUAGAAUAAGCAUCUGAGUCUGUCCUGAUAUGAGAAUACAUUUAUAAUUCUUGUCGUUUCUUCCCUCAAGAAAUCCAUUGGGUCAUCUAAAGAUUAUCCAAUUUGCUUUCCAAAAAGGGAUGAGAAAUAGCUGUUUAUGCAUAGAUAGCACUGUUGUCUUCUCCCACUUGCUGUUUGCAGACCGAGAUUUGUUUCAGAAAAUCUCUUUCAGUCCAGGAAUUUGUCAAGAAACCUUAAAAAAAAGAAAAAAGCAAGAACAAAAACCUGUGGAUAGGCCAGUAGAAAUCGACCUUCCCAGAAACUUGAGACCUGUAGAGAGAAUGUGAUCCCUAAACUCCUAACUUUAGAUAACUCCUUUAUCAGUAAGAGCCAAAAGGGUACCUGCUAUGACAGAUGGUGUCUGGAGGGGAAAAGCCAUCAUGGGGCAGUUGCUAGACAGGUGCUUUGCAUUGUGAACAGUCUCAUUCAAACUUGAAUUCCCGUGAGUUCAAUCAUAUUUUCUAGGUCUUUUUUAUAGGUUUUUGCCACAAUGUGUGGAGUCCAUGCAACACCAUGGUGUUACUAGAGCUCACGUGGGAAGAGGUAUGUUGCCAUUCUGUUCACAAAAGCCACGUGCAUGGUGAUGUGGUUGUACAGUAUCCCUUGAAACCUCCUCCCUGCAGAAAACCACCCUUAAAUUAGGAGCACUUUAAGCCUGAAAUUGAAAAUGUUCAGCUGGGCAUGAGCCUUAAACGGCUUCCUUGGACAAGUUCUUCAUCUUUCUAUAUUCCUCCUCCUCUUGCCAUACCUCCACCCCACCAACCCUCCCAGACAGCUAAAGUUGGCUUGCGCUCUGUGAAGUUGUAAAGUUUGCCACCCCACUAGUAGAGAGCCAGCACUGAUAAGCACUCACAUGACACGGGGGACAGGUGAGGCAUAGCUAUGCCUGCGCAAGGGCCGAAGUAGCAUUGCGAGCUGCAGUUUGGAGUCUGACUCAGAAUUUUUAUCUUCUUUUUAUCUUCUCGAGGCUGACACAUGCACAUUUUAAACGGCUUUGGAGCCUUGAGAUUUGGCAGGAAAUUUGGUUUGGCAGGAAAUGCGUUACUUCAUUUGGAGUCUAUUUGAUCGCAGUGUACUUCCUUGGGGCUUAAAUCUUUGAAUACAGAGGCUGUAACAGGGUUUCCCACGUAUGUCUGCUUCUCUAGAGCCGCACCUGGGAAUGGUACCUUGCCACUAGCAUGUUGUGGUGGGGUUUUGCAAGGAGGAGAGCUGGGGCGCUGCACCAGUCCUGCUCGUCUGACCACCGUGGGGGCAGCGCCGGCAGCUCUCCAGUCACAGAAAGGUGCAAAAAUAUAUAUAUACAUAUAUAUAUAUAUAAAAAAUAAGGAUAUGGUGAGUUUGUAGCCAGUCACUUUGCCACUCUUCCGAUGGAGUCCCUCAUCUUCCUCGAUAUCCACUGUCGGUUUAGGGGUAGGACCGCCUUACACAGCUGUGUCGCAGAGUUACCCUUUGGUGUGUUACGGUGAUUGGGUCGUUGCUUUUACUUCAGUGUCUCCUUGGGGAUUUGAUCUGGUUUCUUGUUCCGCACCUCUUGUUAGCCUCACCUUCACCACUCCACUAUUUUAUAUGAGAAAGUUACUUCUUCUUUUGCAAACUUGCUUCUGAUUAAAAGAACCCUUUUUGAA